AUCAGCAUACAUUCUCCAACAAAACACAAGUCUACUACUCAAUCCGCUAAACAGAUACAAGCAAACCUUCCAACAAUGCAACUCCAACUCCUCACCCUCGCCACUUUGGCCACCACAUCUCUGAGCUCCGCCCUCCCAGCAACCUACUACGGCGAACUCGAAACCCGCCAGAGCAACAACUGCACCCAAUACUGUUCCGUCUCCGCCGGUUGCGUCUGCACCGUCCGCCCCUCCGACUGCUCAGCCUUCUACACCGUCGAAUCCGGCGACACCUGCCUCAGCAUCGCCAAAUCCUUCUCCAACUUCACCGUAACCCAAUUCUACAAAUGGAAUCCUUCCAUCGGCCAGACCUGUUUCGGUCUCCAGGCUUAUGUUCCAGUUUGCAUUAACACACCAUGGUACCAAUUCACUCCUCCCGUGCAACCCGAUUUCGGCACGCACUACACUCCAGAUCAGACUCCAGUUCCUGUCAUGCCAAACAUCAUUUCCACGUGCCAAGAGUAUGAGUUGAUUGAGCCUGGAAAGAGAGUUGACACGCUUGCUGCGGAGAAUGGAUUUGAGGAGAGCCAGUUUGCGGAAUGGAAUGGAAAUUCGACGACCGCGUGGGCUGCGUAUUGGGCUUGCGUGAAGGCUUGAGCUGAACAACAUGUGCAAUUUGAUCACAGAAGGGAACCACCCUGAGAGCGGUAGAAUCAAUGGUAACGACAGCAUAUAAUUGGGCAGAGCAUGACUGCAUUUAAAACAGUGGCAUCUUGCAGGCGUCCAGAUUGGAAAUACAGACAACAUGUAAAGGGAUGUUUG